GAGCCGUAACUGCACCGGCGUGGUGUGCCUCGGUCUGCGUGCAGUAUUCCAAGAAAGCGGAUGUAAUGUGGUCCACUUGCAAACGGUUUUGAUAGUGUGACGCUUGCCCUGUCCCGGCUUGUGUGGCCCUAAGAAUGGCAUUCCAAAGAGAAGUGGGAGUUUCCAGGAAGUAGCCAUAUUGGAUGUACCAGAGCCUCUUCAACUGUGUCACGGAGAGAGCGAAACGAAGUACCCCUUUCGCCCAGGCUGUUAAUAAAACACUCACACUCCGCAUAAUGGCUGCCACGGAUGUAGACAUAUUUUCCAGUGAAGAAAAGCGGAACUUGAGCCUGGGCGGCCAUGUUGGUUUUGACAGCCUUCCUGACCAGCUGGUCAGUAAAUCGGUGACACAGGGUUUCUGCUUCAACAUCCUCUGUGUGGGGGAAACGGGUAUUGGCAAGUCGACGUUAAUGAACACGCUUUUCAACACGACAUUCGAGAACGAGGAGGCCAGCCACUACCAGAAUGGGGUAUACCUGCGACCCAGAACAUAUGACCUGCAGGAGAGCAACGUCCACCUAAAGCUGACCAUUGUGGACACGGUUGGGUUUGGGGACCAGAUCAACAAAGAGGAGAGCUACAAACCCAUUGUGGACUACAUUGACACACAAUUUGAAAACUACCUUCAGGAAGAGUUGAAAAUCAAGCGCUCCCUAUUCAACUACCAUGACACGAGGAUUCACAUCUGCCUGUACUUCAUUGCUCCCACGGGACACUCUCUCAAAUCCCUGGAUUUGGUCACUAUGAAGAAGUUGGACAGCAAGGUGAACAUCAUCCCCAUCAUCGCCAAAGCCGACACAAUCUCCAAGAGCGAGCUGCACAAGUUCAAGAUCAAGAUAAUGAGCGAACUGGUCAGCAACGGCGUCCAGAUCUACCAGUUCCCCACAGACGAUGAGGCUGUGACGGAGAUCAACUCGUCGAUGAACGCCCACCUCCCCUUCGCCGUGGUGGGGAGCAUCGAGGAGGUGAAGGUGGGGAAUAAGAUGGUGAGGGCAAGGCAGUACCCCUGGGGAGUGGUGCAGGUGGAGAACGAGAGUCACUGUGAUUUCGUGAAGCUGCGGGAGAUGCUGAUCCGAGUGAACAUGGAGGACCUGCGGGAGCAGACACAUGCCCGCCACUAUGAGCUGUACCGCCGCUGCAAGCUGGAGGAGAUGGGCUUCAAGGACACGGACCCCGACAGCCAGCCCUUCAGUCUACAGGAGACGUACGAGGCCAAGAGGAAGGAGUUCCUGGGUGACCUGCAGCGUAAAGAGGAGGAGAUGAGGCAGAUGUUUGUGAACAAAGUGAAGGAGACGGAGGCGGAGCUGAAGGAGAAGGAGAGAGAGCUGCACGACAAAUUCGAGCAGCUGAAGCGGAUGCACCAGGAGGAGAAGCGCAAGGUGGAGGAGAAGAGGAGGGACCUGGAGGAGGAGAUGAACGCCUUCAACCGGAGGAAAGUGGCGGCCGAAACCCUGCAAGCACAGUCCCUACAGUCCUCGCAGCCGCUCAAGAAGGACAAGGAUAAGAAAAAUUAAUUUAUGGGCACUGCCACCCAGGCCGACCACGGAUUUGUCUUCCAUCACCAUAGCAACGUCAACUUGUUUUUUUUUUUUGUUUGCUUUCUUUUUUUACAUUCCUUCAUGACACUGUGUAAGUGGACCAAAGACACUGGGGGAGAGUAAGACACAGAAAAAAACAGAAAGAAAGAGAGAGACAGAGAGAUGCAUUGUGGGUCCUCAUUGGCUAAUGGGUUGAGAAAAAGGCCAUGCCCUUUUCUAGGUUCGAUCAUCUUUUCAGUAACGUGGAACUUUUUUUAAUCCAUUAUUUGAAAUUCUUGGAGACUUUUUUUGUCAAUGGCUCAUAGCGGCUGAUUGAGGAAAGAAGACAGCAAAACAGAAACAUUGGACUCUGAAAAGUCCUCCAUUAUUUGGUUAAUGGUACUAACAUUCAUGUCAACCUGUUCUUGGAGAGAUAACCCAGGUUGUCAAGUGCUGUACUGAAGGUAGAUUAGGUAACACUAAGUGGUGGUGUUUGGGAACAUGUUGGCAGUCUUUCUCAGUAUUCAAACGGUGUCUGAAAUCUGAGCCAGUCUGGGCAUGAAUGACUUCAUAUAUAGCAUUAACAGCAGUUCAGUAAGUACUUGUAUGUAUGUUAAUAAGUACAUAUACAUAAUUUCCACUGAAUAUGACCAGAAGACCAGUCGUAAGUCUACAAAAUAUGAAUUUCUUUUGGUGCUGUUUUUGUAUUAAUCCAGAUGUGUAUGUGUAUAUUUUAAGAGCUUACUUGCCUUUAGAAAUUAUGCAGAUAUACAAAUUACUUUGUCCUACAUUCCUAGUAGUUGUACACUAAGCAGUAUCACACAAUGCUGUAUGUAAGAGUCUUUGUAUAUACUUCAAGUCAUGGAUGUGAGAGAGGUGUUUGUCCACACAGCUGGGGUGACACAACCACUGAACAAAGUGCUUCGAUCUGCAUGUGGGGUUUUUUUUUGCUUUGCAGAGUGGGAAGGUAAACUGUGAAAGGGGAAGAGCUCAAUUCUCUUUCAUUGGAAAUAAAGUCAAAACCUCCCUUUGGAAGUGUCCCUCUGCAUCCCCUUGCUAUCUCACAGGCAUUCUAUGAUGUCAUUUCCUGUCUUCCUUGGUUCUUGAUGGAGCAAUAACUGCCCGCUCCCUAAAUGAUGAAAUACAUUACUUUGUCAUCCAUUUACACCUGUGAGUGUCUGUGGAUUGAGAAUGAGCAUUGGUCACAUUCUGUCCUCUACGACUUGGUAUAAUAUAUGAUUUAGUACCAUUGGAAGAAGAAAAAAGAAAUUAACAGCAACUAAACUGUGAAGCCAUUUGCUUUUUUCUUGUGAUGUUCCACUUGCUUGUGUUUUAAUUCAGUAUUCCUCAUGCAUAAAAAAGAAAAAAAAAAGUCAACAAAGGAAAAAAUACCCACACACUGAUAUUUAUCUCCUCAAAUUAAUUAUUUUGUUGUAAGUAAGUAAACACGGCAUUUUGAAACAAAGACUGGAAUGAAGAUCAGACUUUGGCUGAAAUGUUGUUCAUUUUCUCACAAUCAUGUAUUUUGGGAGCCACACAUCCCUAAGGGGGUUUUGUUGUAAUUGUGUGCCUAAUUGUUUAGGGCUAACUGUCUGCCUCACUGUAGUAUGGGUGUCUAGGAGAAACAAAGUCAUGUCAUUGGGCAGAACCACAAAUAUGUACUAUCCGUUUGGAGAGUGGAGGGCAGUUACAGUAUGCACACGAUGCAUCUAUGAUAGCUACCUUCACAUAUUAAAUGAA